AUGAAUUAACAAAAACAUUUCAAAUUCAUACUCUAAUAUCUAGAAUUCAGUUCUAAAUCAGAUCAAUAGUAGUAUGAAUUAACAAUCUUAUUGAAACGCAGUACAGGUGCUGCUCAAUAAGUUGUUGGCAAAUUACCAAUUAAGAAUCCUGAACGUACUAUGACAAUUUGUCGUCUUCCUAUUGAUUAAGUAGUUGAGUUUUAAUAACGAAUGAUCAAAAAGGAUGGAAUCUAUACUGACUAUAAUGUAAACCCUCCUUAUCUAGCUAGAUCAAAUUCCUUUUCUAUUUGGCUGGCAAUUAAUUGCUAGGUGAUUGUGUAAUCAAUUUAGCAUACUUUCUUGAUGGUGGAGCACCUCAAGAUUAAAAACAAAAAAAACCACUCACAUCUACAACAGAUAAGAGAGCUGCUUUACUAUUUAAAGUGAUUAAGGAUUCAAUGUUUGAAUCUUAAGAAUUGCCAAUAGCAGAUGUUCCUGCUCCAGUUAUUGGACCUGCUACUCAGACAGCAAGAACAUCAAGUACAAGAAAGAUAGAAUCUAGAACAAAUAGAGCUCGUAGUCAAUCACCACCUAAGGAAUUUAAGAGUACAAUAAUAGUUAGUAAAGCUAAUGAAUAAUUAGUGUAACCAACUAUUUCAUAAUCUUAAUUCUAAUAAUCAUAAUAAUAGUAGACAUAAUAAGAUAAUCUUACAUAAAAAUUUGUAUAGUUAGGUGAAAAAUUUCAAUAAUAGAAAUAAUAAUAAAUCAUAUAAUCAUCACCACCACCACCACCACCACCACCACCACCACCAGUACCUGAAUAUGAUAAUUUUAAAGAAAUAACUGAUCUUCUCUCCUAGUAAGAGGCUGAAUUAGAAAAAUAGAUUGAAUAAUUAGAUAUUCAUAUUAGAUCUGAUGGUAAGUUUAAGAAGAUAUUUGAUGAUUCCACAUUUAAUAAUUUUGAUAUUAGUUCUAAUGAUUCAGAAAUCUAAUAAUGGAAAUAGAAAUGUGUAGAAAUUGAAGAAAAAUUGAAUAAAAUUUAGGAUGAAAAUUAACAUCUUACUGUCAUUAUCAGAUAAUAAAGUGAAUAAUUAAAAAAAAUGAAUUAGAAAUCUCAAUCUGUUUAAAAGUAAAUCAAUGACAAUCCUCUUAAUCAAUCCACUACAUCUAAUCAAGAAUAAUAUGAUAAAACUAUUGAAAAAAAAAAUUAAAUCAUUAAAGAAUUAUCAAAUUAAUUGUUAGAAUUAGAGAAGAAUUCUAAUGUUAAUGUUAUUGAUUAGUUAAAGAGUUAAAUUAUUAGAUUAGAAUAAUAAAUGUAAGAGAAAGAAGAUUAAUGGUUAACAUAAGAAAGAAUCUAUAAAGAUAAGAUAAUUUAAUUGUUAUAAAAUACAGAAUGA